GGCGGGGAGCCGGCACCGCCGCCGCAAAAUGAGCCUGCUGUCGGCCAUCGACACGAGCGCCGCCUCGGUGUACCAGCCGACCCAGCUGCUCAACUGGGUCUACCUGUCGCUGCAGGACACGCACCAGGCGAGCGCCUUCGAUGCCUUCCGGCCAGAGCCGCCCGCCGGCGCCGCACCCCCAGAGCUGGCCUUCGGCAAGGGCCGCCCAGAACAGCUGGGCUCGCCCCUGCACUCCAGCUAUCUCAACAGCUUCUUCCAGCUGCAGCGCGGAGAGGCGCUGAGCAGCAGCGUGUACAAGAGUGCCUCACCCUACGGCUCCCUCAACAACAUCGCCGACGGCCUCAGCUCCCUCACCGAGCACUUCUCCGACCUGACCCUCGCCUCCGAGACCCGCAAGCCCAGCAAGCGGCCCCCACCCAACUACCUGUGCCACCUGUGCUUCAACAAAGGGCACUAUAUCAAGGACUGCCCCCAGGCACGCCCCAAAGGCGAGGGUCUGACCCCGUACCAGGGCAAAAAGCGCUGCUUCGGCGAGUACAAGUGUCCCAAGUGCAAGAGAAAAUGGAUGAGCGGCAACUCCUGGGCCAACAUGGGGCAGGAGUGCAUCAAGUGCCACAUUAACGUGUACCCGCACAAGCAGAGACCCCUGGAGAAGCCCGACGGCCUGGAUGUGUCCGACCAGAGCAAGGAGCACCCCCAGCAUCUGUGUGAGAAGUGCAAGGUGUUGGGCUACUACUGCCGGCGCGUGCAGUGACCUGGCCGCCGGCCUUGCCGCCCACCCGCCCGCCCGCCAGAGAAGACGCCCGCCACCCCUGCGUGUCCCCUGCGCGUGUGCGGGGGUGUCCUCGCAGGCUGACCAGUCUAGGGGGGUGGCCUCUUAGAUUCUCGGCUCAUGUAUGUUGACAGUGUUACUGAUGUCGCUGUGUGCCCCCAGAAGGCUGAGUCUCUGAGACUCCCUACAGUGGAUGUGGGUCUGUGUGAAGGGGUCGGGGCGAGCAGAGGUCGGCACACAGGACCUCACAGAGUCCUUAGUGUCCCCCGCAGGCUCUCCUCUGAGACUCCCUUUGGGCUGAGCAGCCUUGUAUUGGCCACGAGUGCACUAAAUUUACUGUGAAUCCUGGAGCCUGCAGGGGACUGUCUCCCUGAGACCAGCCAGGCCGCCUUCUCCCACCCAGAACCUUCCAGUUCGCCCUGUGUGAAAAGCCACUCUUGCAAAGCCCCAGUUUUCCAAGUCAGCACUCAUGGUGAGCUGACACCUGUUCCAGCAGCUGCUGGGGAGUGGGCACUUCUGCCCCCUGCCACUUUGAGCCCUAAAUCUGACCGCCUCUAAUGUCACUGGCAUGGCACCUGGGUGCUGCACCCCACCCCCCACAAGCCCAGGGGUCAGGGACAGGGAGGCGCCGAAUGUUGCAGAGUGUUCCAAGGUGUGACCUGGUGGGUGUCAGGCCACGCCUCCACCGCUCACCCACGCCACAUACUUCCCCUAUUGCUUAGAUUUUGUUUGUCCCGUUCCCUUCCCUCCCUCUUCCCCUCCCACCCUUGCUGGGGGGCCACCCUCGGAUGGAGGUUGUAGAACCCGGCAGUGAAGCCACUCUGGCAGGAAGUACACAGGCCUGGAAGACCCAAGUCCCAGGUUCUAAUACGGGCCCCGCCAGUGAUGCCCUAUGGAGUCUUGGGAAGGAGUCUCAUCUCUCCGUUUCCCCACUCAUCCCGUGAGAGGAUGACAGCAGAGAGGUGUUCUGAGGUCCUGGGGUUCGUCCUGGCUGCACACCGUCUCCUAGAGCAGAGAGCUUUAUUUGGAGAGGGUUUCCAGGCCCUGUAAACCCACUAUCCUGUAUGCCACGGGAGCCAGUCAGUCACUUAAUAAGUCAUGUGGAAGGACCUCGGUCCUUCCCUGUUUGCUCCUGAAACCCCAGCUCUUCCUGUUGUCCCCUACCUUGCAAACAUGAAGAAGUGUCCCCCCCUUACAUAGGCAACCCCAGUACAAGCUACAGAACCUCUCAUUUACAAAGCCGGGUUGAUGAUUCCUACCUCCCCAGGGGACGGGGAGGCUUCUUGGCGCUCACACUGGCCAGGGCCAUGCUGUCCCAGCUAGCGGGAAGGAUCACCUUCCCAGCGAGAAGCCCUAUUUUUAUUGUUAUGUUGCCCUUCCUUUCUCCUGGGGGGUAGCUGGCUUGUCAGAGCUGAGUCACUUGAUUUUUGCCCCAACAUUAUGCCUCUGUGGGGGGGAAAAAAAAAAUCAGACCAUGAAAUGGGCCUGAAAUUCAGUGUUUACCACAGCUCAAGGACACCCAACCUGUGUCCGGUUGCCUUUUGUUCUCAAAUGAAAAUGCUUUGUACAACUGAGGAGUUACAGCGAAGUGUUUAUCAGGGGUCCAGGGAGUGAGACGAAGAGAUGGAGUGAGUGUGUGUGCAGCCAGAGGGCUGCAGGGCAGGUUUGUGGGGGAGGCCAUGCCCUCUGAGCACUUAAGAAGAGAGUAUUUGCUCCAGCCUGAGCCCCAUAGCCGCCUCCUUCCGGCCACAGGGAUAGAGUGCAGGUCCCUGGCCGUGAACAUGCGCAGGGCCCGCCCCUGAGGAGGCCCUCCCGGCUGCUCCCUGCCUGCUCCAUGGUGUCAAGGUGAGCCAGUCACCCUGGCCCAGGGCUCUCCUUCCUAGAGGGGAAGCUGUUACUGUCAGUCAGACUAGUGCCCUGCUAACGAGAACAUUUGUUUCUGUGGACGUUGCGCUGGUCUCUGCUGUGUGGACCGGGCUCAACACUUCCAGGGACCUGGCCCCAUGGGGGGACCUUGGUCUCAGAGUGCCUGGGCUGCAGCUGUGCCCCCACCCUAGAAAGAACCCAGGCUCCAGACCCCUGGAGGCCAGGGCGUUCCACAGGUCAAGAGGGGAAGGGAUAUCACCCCAAACUGACCUUUCCAGUGGGCUUGUCCAGCUGGCAGCCGCUGCACCCCACCAUCUCUACAGAGCCGGCCAGCGGGGGCUGGGCCUUCCCUUGAGGCUGCCCUUCUGCACCACCCCCUCCGGUAGUGUUUGGCUGAAUUGGGGAGCUCUCUCGGCUCAGCGAGAACCACUGCUGUCCAGGCUGGUGCUGUAAGAAUUAAGUGCUCAGAGGGCCUGGGUGCCCAGGAGACAAGAAAGUGUGUGGUUGUAGUACAUUCAAAAGGGACAAUCGCUUGCAGUUAGUAGGUCUAGUGAUCCAGUUGGGAGAUAACCGUGUUUACCCAAUAUGAAGUAUUCAAUAGUUCUACUUGUGAAUUUGUAUUUAUUUUGAGUUAUACUUGACACAGAAUUCCUUUUUUUUUUUUUUAAAGAAAAAAAUACUAUGUGUGUAUUUUGAAACGAAAAUUCAUGGAUGUUAAAAUUUCUGCAUGGUUUCCAAUUUUUCUCACAACACUGAAUUUGUUACCUUCUCCCGAAAACUUCACAGUGAUUUUUGUCUGUAUAUAUUUGAAGGCUUUUUUUAAGAAAAAAAAAGAAAAAGAAAAAUAUGAUUGCUUGAUUUUUGAGGUUAAACAAAAAGAGAGGCAUUUUCAAAACUUCAGAGCUUUCAGGAGGGCAAUAGAAUGUCAAAGGAAGAUUUCUGGAAGUAGUUUUUGCAAACCUUCUGGUUGAGCUGCAAGAAAAUAUUUAUAGUGAGAACUUUUCUCUUUUUCCUGUUUUUUUUUUUUUUUUGGUUUGGUUUUUGUUUGUUUUUUUCUUUUUACUAUGCUUUGGUCUGUAAAAAGUCUGCAACUGAAUUACAUUAAGAAGGAAAUAUUGUCUACAUAGAAUAUUAUAUGAAGUUGGUACAUAAUUCUGAUGAGGAAAAAAAAAAUCUUUGCAAUUCUUUAAGCCAUAUUAUUGUUAUUCUCUGUUGUUUUCCUUGGAUGAAAAUAUCAGUAUUAGGUAACCAGCAUAUUAUUCAAGUGCUUAGACUUAUUCAUGUGUUCCUGUCCUGUAUUUAUACAUAUGUGUAUUUGGGAAAGUAUUACUUUUUGUAAGGGAAGCUAUUAUUAGAUACUUAGUGAAAAAGGGAAUGGUGAACCCUUUGAGCCUCUUCAGCUGAGGAUAGCACAGCAUUAGAAUCCAUUCUUUUGCACCUUCUUAGUAUUAUCUUGUUAUCAUGGUUAUUAAUCUUGUGGGGGGCGGAAGUGAGCCAGGUUAGGAGAAGGCGACAUGUGACUACGUAGCCUCUCCAUAAGCCGGCCAGCUCCAAAGAUGGCCUCCUUGGGCUGGUCCAGGGCCCCCAGUCAGCAGGGCCCAGGGAGGGAAGAGGAAGCAGGAGGGGGAUUUCUCCAACCUCCCUCUUUGGAGCUUUGCCGUCUGAGCCAUCCCUCAGGGCCCUGCGCUCUUUGAACUUGGAUUUGCCACCCAGAGCCCUGAGACCUGCCCUCCAGCAUCUAACGGACUUGAAUCUACUUGGAACAAAUAUUAAAUCCAGCAUCACUACACCAUAGCCCAGAGUGACAACUAACCCUGACGUUUGGGAGGCGUCCGGUCUUAGAGAGCUCACCGCUCUCUGUUGUCAACUUCACCGUUCAACCUCCUCCACUCCUGUGUGGUGACCCUGUCGGUGUCUGUAUCUGUUAAUAUGUGUGUGUCCGGCUAAAAAGACAAACAGAACCCGCGGGCCAGCUCGGAGGGUGCGUGGAGAAGCCUCCCAACCUCUCCUGAGGGCUGCCCUUGGGAUGGCAUUCCGUCGUGUGCCUUAUUCCUGGAGAAUCUGUAUACGGCCUGCCUAUAGAGAUAUAGCCUUUUCAUGCUCUAUUAAAAGAACUUUUAAAAGCAA